AUGGGUCUUGCACGUGACAUGUCGUCUAGGUCUGUCCGCAUGGAACACCCGCGUCUCGAAAGCACGACGACGCUGGAAUCUCCGGCUGCCAUAGAGAUGCACACGCUGUCUUCAUCUAAGAACGGCAAGAUGCUUCGAAGCCUUACACACAAAAGCUCUGCAUCUAAAGGGGAACACCACACACGGAAACAAGUGAUAAAGAUGUUGGUGGCGAUAGUGUUGCUCUAUCUGAUAUGUUGGGGACCAAUAACUGUCAACAACCUGCUAGUGGCCUUCGGUUGCCUUGAUGACCUCCAUCUGGGGUUCCUCCGACCAAUGAGAAUCGCAUUCUUUCUCAUGUCCUACUUUAAUAGUUGUACCAACCCUAUCGUGUACGCCUUCAUGUCCAGGCACUUCAGAAACACAUUUAAACACACGCUCUUUAUGUUAUGUCGAAAGCAUACAAUCAUCAGGCAGACGCGCGUCCGACGUAAUCACGGGCUAGGUAACACGCGCUCAGCUUCGUUUUACUCUGGUCAACACACAUCUCUACGAGCGAGUCGGACAUUUCAGACAGUAUAUGAUUUUAGAGAUAGAAAACUAAAGCCGCAUAGGUAUGGUAACAGUGGAGGAACCCAGCUAGAUGUGAAAUCCGAGCCUCUUGGGAACAGAUACACGCUAAACCUUGACUUACCACCGCCAUGUCGUACCAACUUGCGAUGA